AUGAGGGUUGCUAAUAAUGUCUCUGCAACAACAAUCGAACAAGGUGUGAAUAAUUUUUUAACCGGUGUUUUAUGGGGUCGAGAAGUCGAUGGAGAAUGGGAAUGGAUUUCUACAGAGCCAUCAUUACAGAAACCAGAAGGUUGUCCAAAUUGUACUACCUAUUUCAAAUAUUUGGAAAAUCAAUUAGUCAAGUCAGCUAUCGAUCGAAAAACAUUACGCGAAAAAACUGGUCAGUUUGUUCACUCUGAAGGUGAACGAUUUAAAUGUUUUUAUGAUGAAUUAGUUGAAUUAUUACGUUAUAAUAAAAAACCGUCAGUGUGCCGUCGUCGUGAAGAUAGAAUUCUUGAAGAAGAGAAAAAUUUGAAAACAGAAAAUGAUAAGGAGAAAGAAAUAAAACGACCUCGACGACAAUCUGUUCUGUAUGCUGAUCCUUUACCCGUAAAUGGUUAUAGAAGUGCUGAUGGAACAUUGUAUCAUUACAUAUUACCAGCAUUUUUUCGUCUAAUUCAAUAUUUACAGCAAACAGAUCGAGAUUAUGCUAUUAUAUUACGAACAAUGGGAGAUGAUAGUGUCAAUUUUUUAUAUAAUGCACAACGUGUUUUAGCAAAUGAACAUCCCAAUUUUACGUUUGAAAAAUUGAUUCCUGUAAGUUUAAUUCCCGGUAAAAUCAGACGAACAGGUACAUUGGAAGGAAAAGAUGAAAAAAUUACGUUAGAACUACCAAAGGUCGAUGAUAACGAUGAGUUAAUGGAAAUUGAUGAUGAAUUUCAAAUAAAUGAUAAACUAAAACAAUUCGAUGGUAUACAUGGUAUUAAAGAUGAUUUUAAUUAUUGGUGUAAUAACCAAUAUUUAUAUUCAUCAAGUAAACCGAUUUGGUUUGAUCCUGAGAAAGACGUUGAUGUUCAUCAUAUAUUAUUCGAUGACAAUUUUCGUGUAAUUGAUCCAUAUGAUUCAAUUGUUGAUAUUCGAGUAAUGAAUCAUAAUACACAUCAAUGCAAAACAGUACCAUUUGAACAUUAUUCGAAAUUAGAAAACGUUUUUGCCGUACAAGCUGAUCUACUAAAAAUAUUAGAAAAUGAGAAUUAUUUUGUUGAAAAAAUUGAAGAAUGUGAACGAAAUUUAGAUAAAUUAUUGAACAAUGUUGAAAUUUUAAAUCAAAUACGACAGUAA